CUGGUUCUUCCAGGGGCAAUCUGACGGUCAGGUGAUGCCUUCACUGAGACUGCUGUGAGAUGGUGCUCUGAGUGCAGAAUGUAAGAUCCAGGGUGGAGGAGCAUUAGCGGACUGAAGAAUGUCUUAAAAGGUUUUCAGUCUAUGGCAGAGAAAAAUGAUUCUUCUCCCGGGCACCCAGGCGUUGGACAUUCGAAUGCCCUUUUCAGAUGAGAUCAAGUACACCAUUUUGGGUAUCUCGAUUCUGCUCUUCUUGAUUGCUGUGGGCAUUCUUAUCUGGCAAGUUCACAAAUGUUGUUCCAAGGCUCAUUAUUCAAAGGAUUCAGUGAGCAGCUUGGUGGGAGCGGAUGAAUUGGACCAGAGUAGAAGCUCCUAUCUUGACAGUCAGAGGCCAAGAUAUAAGGAGGAGUAUGCCCAUGACCAGAUGCGCAGGCUGAGCCGCUUCCUGUCCCAGGACUCCCCGCCGGCCUCGGUGCUGAGCGGCAGCCUGGAGAGCCUGGAGGAGCUGGGCAGCGAGGACGAGCCGCAGAUGCGCGGCUCCCUGCGCUUCUCCCUCUACCACGACCAGCUGCAGGGCCGCCUGGUGGUGACCGUCCUGGAGGCGCGGCAGCUGCCCCUGCGCGAGUUCAGCCGCAGCGUGGACCCCUUCGUGCGCGUGCGUCUGCUGUGGGCCAAGGAGGCGCACGAGAAGGGAGACACCGAGGAAGAGGAGGAGGAGGAUGAAGAGGAGAGGAGGGCGACGACGACGACAAGGAAGGAGAAGAGUGCCGGAAGCGUCCGGCCACGGCAGUGCGUCCUUCACGAGUGGCAGUCGCACCUGGUGAAGAACAGCAACAGCCCGGCCUUCGGGGACCAGUUCUCCUGCUCGCUGGCUGAGGAGGACGUGCCCCGUAUCACGGUCAAACUGGAGGUUCGAGACUUUGAUAAAUAUUCCAGGCAUGGGAUUCUGGGAGAGGUCCGCAGACAGUUGAGUAAUUUGAAUAUUUCAUAUCCUCUGGAGAUGUGGCAGGAUCUGCAACGGCCCACGAAGGACUUGGUUGGUGAACUGCUCCUCUCUCUGAAGUACAUGCCUACAUCACAGAGGCUGGAGGUGGGGAUCCUGAAGAUCAGGGUUGUUUCAAAGUCCAGCAGAACAGACAGAGCACUCUACGUGCGCACCAGUGUCCAGUGCAACCAGUGCAAGCUCCGCCACCAGAAGACUACGCCCAAGACCCGGUGGGACGUGACCGUUUUUAACGAGGUCAUGAUUUUCGUGCUGCCUGACCCUCCGGUGCGGGACUGCACCGUCGUGGUCAAUGUAUAUGAACUGAACCCCGGGAAGAAGAAAUCCUCAAAGCGCCUGAUUGGCCAGCUGACUGUAAAGAAGGGGAGACAGUCAGAGGAUGAACACUGGAAGCUGAUGAUGCGUUCGAUUCGCCAACCAAUUGCAAAGUGGCAUCUACUGUAUGUGUGAAACUACUGAUUUAUUUGUGUUUCUGUCUUAUCCCGCACUAGUCCUUGAGCCAGACCCCUAAUUUUGUGUUUCAACAGCCACUUUAUGUCCAUUGCAUGUCUCAAAAAUGCAAAAAUGUUCAACAAUAGAUAUCCCAAAAAACCUCCACAGCUGAUUAUGUACACUAAAUCAAAUUGUAUUUGUAUAGCAAGUCUUCUGAGAUGUUAUGAGUAUGUAAAUGACCCAAAAAGAAAUAAGCAAUAAUUUGCAUACAUUUUAAGCACAGAAACCUUAACACUGGAUAAUGUCAGAUAAAAAGAUCUUCUUUUUGUUUUUCAUUUUGGACACAGUAUUAGAGUGAAAUGUUAUUACAUUGGAUGUUUUGAAUCUGAGUACAGUCAUUGUCAAAAUUGUUGGCACCCCAUGCUAAAGUUGACUAAAAAGAGGAAUAUAAAAUCAUCUUUUGGAAAUUGAUUUUAAUGGCUUAAGUAAUAAAAUUAGGAAAACCCCAACCUUUAAGGACACACCAAUUUUCUAUGUGAAUGAAUAAUGUAUCAUAAAUAAAUAAAUGUUCUUCCCAAAAUACUGGGGUCAAAAAUAUUGGCACCCCUAUGAAACCCUACGGAAUUUAACACAUAGGGUUAACAUAGGGGCAGGCAGUUUUUUAUUUUUAAAGGCUACUUAUUUCAUGGAUCCAGGAUACUAUGCAUCCUGAUAAAGUUCCCUUUAUGUCCUGUCUUUAGAACUAAAAUUGACCCACAUCAUCACACACCCCUCACCAUAGAGAUAGGCAUGGAGUUUUGUUCAGUUUUGUUCAGUUAGCCUAUUAGCUUGUUUGAUUUGCAUUGAGUUCAAUGAGCAUCAAACAGGCUAAUAGGCUAACUGAACGAAACUGAACAAAACACCAUGCCUAUCUAUAUGUAAGUGUAUCAAGACAUAAACAGGGUGAUAGCAAAAACAAAGCUACCACCAAUGCAAUGCUAUAUUUGAGACUUACAUGGCUAACUUCUUUUUGCCACAUUUGGAGUCCUCUUGACUUUUGCACACACUUGUGCAUGCACUAAGUUAGUGCUCACCUUUAUUUGAUUUGUUUUGUCUGUGUUUAUCUUCAUCUUUACAACUGUUUGAAUUUGGUUAUGUUAUUAAACAGCCUGUUUCGAAAA